AUGGAAAGCGAGUUUAACAAGAGUUCUUCAACGACUAGCAGCAGUGAUCACUACUCCGAACUUAUGAAGGAAGCACUGCCAGGUUUCAAACAUGACAUGAUGCUGACGGACAUCAACAACACUUUUUUCAAGCAAAUUAGUGAUUGCACGGGUGUGGAACAUUUAAGUGCCGCGUCAUUUCCAAAUCCAGCCUUUCCUGUGGAAGGUGUGAUUUUCGGUCCUAAUAAUAGGCUGAUGAUCUGCCUUAACUGUCGUGAAGCAAAUAAGCCCGAAGCUCCAAUAUGUAAAGUUUGGUUCCUCGUGGACAGUGGGUCAAAUUGUACUUUUCUUGAUGAGAAAACAAUCAGCAAACUCACGAAUUCUGACGCGAUUCCAUCUUCCAUUGCAGUCUCCAUACAGGAUGAAAGUUCUGUCAUUGAGUGCGAUCUAUCGCACAGCCAUUUUAAGGAAGCUAACGUGUUGGGGAUGAAGGCUAUCCUGGAAUUGGGAGUGACCAUUGAAGGGAUAAAUGAAAAGAAAAAAAGUUGGCGUCUUGCGGAAGUAUAA